AUGGACUACCUUCGAGAUGUCCUCCGGACAAACCGAGGAGUAUCAUUGCCACUGACUGCACUUUUGGCUUUGUCCACUGUUAUCGGCAUCGCUGUUUUGUUUUACCUCGCCCUAUUCAUCGUCGCCCCCAUACCACGCGCUCCUUUAAGAUCAGAGAAGACCUACAGAACUAUCGAGCCUGGCGAGUACUCCGGAGAGGCCAAACCACUACCUUGCUGGCAAGAUAAAUAUAAUGCACAGGGAGAGGCCGCACGGCGCAGAGGGGACUCUACAGAGACAGAUCUGCAGGUCGAGGAACCCGAGGUCUUCAUGUCUCUCGUUGUACCAGCGUUUAAUGAGGAGGAGAGACUCGGGGUGAUGCUGACUGAGGCCGUGGAGUACUUACAGCAUGCGUACGGCAACGAAGCUCCUAAGAUGCAGGCCAAUGGCAAUCGCCCAAAGCGAAAGGACGCCACGCAGGCAGUUUCAAAUGGCUACGCGGCGUCAAACAGCGGUCGGCUUCCAGGCUGGGAAAUCUUGGUAGUCUCAGACGGCUCCACAGACAAGACCAUCGACACGGCAUUACAAUUUGCGAGAGACUUGGGAGGAAGAAGUGCAUCCUGUAUCCGGGUCAUCAGUCUACACGAGAACCGAGGCAAGGGAGGAGCGGUCACACAUGGGAUGCGUCAUGUCAGAGGGCAAUAUGCCAUCUUUGCUGAUGCGGACGGUGCCAGCAAGUUCGAGGACUUGGGCAAGCUUGUCAGGGAAUCUAAGAAGAUUGAAGAUGCUGAGGGUAGGGGUGUGGCUGUUGGGUCUAGAGCGCAUCUUGUGGGAAGUGAGGCUGUCGUCAAGCGCUCAUUUCUUCGAAACCUGCUCAUGCACUCCUUUCAUCUCCUCCUCCGCCUCCUCACGCCUCCUGCCACAGCCGCUAUCCGGGACACCCAGUGCGGCUUCAAGCUUUUCUCUCGUUCAUCACUACCAUACAUAAUACCAUACAUGCACUCGGAAGGUUGGAUAUUUGACGUCGAGAUGUUGAUGCUUGCGGAGUCAGCUGGUAUACCGGUUGCGGAAGUACCCAUUGGCUGGCAAGAAGUUAAAGGCAGUAAGCUGAACGUGCUCUGGGAUAGUUUGGGCAUGGCUUGGGGAUUGGCUGUUCUUCGAGCAGCAUGGGGUCUGGGAGUCUACAGGCGCUCGUGA